AUGUUUCAAGACUUUGAAAUUUUCUGUCAACUCCCUUUACACUAUCUCAUCGUGGGAGGUGGCACCGCGGGGUUAGCAGUCGCAGCCCGCCUCAGCGAGGACCCGGAGGUGAAUGUGGGGGUGAUCGAGGCAGGCCCUUCAGCUCUAAAUGGGGAAGAUGAUGGUGCGAUCACAGUGCCAGGCCGUUAUGGCGAAACCAUCGGAUCCAAAUAUGACUGGCAAUUUGAAACUAUUCCUCAACCAGGUAUUGGAGGGCGAUCACUCAAAUGGCCUCGAGGGCGAGUUCUUGGAGGUACCAGUGCAUUGAAUUUCAUGGCUUGGAACCGUGGACACCGCGAAGAUUAUGAUGCAUGGGCUCGGUUAGGAAAUGAAGGCUGGGGAUGGGAUGAUCUACUUCCAUAUUUCCAACGAAGCGAGACCUUCCACCAACCCAGCGCUGCACACCAAGAACAUUACCACUCGUCCUAUGAUGCUGAAUUCAAUGGGACUGAUGGGCCCCUUCAUACUACGCAUAUCAAGCAGUACGGUCCAGCACAUCAGUACUGGCAUGCCACUCUUAAUCAACUGGGGGUGGCCUCCAGUCGUGACAGCCUCGCUGGCUUCAAUUGCGGAGCCUGGAACAUGGUGUGCACAAUGGAUCCUCAUCGCCAGGAGCGAAGUUACUCUGCAUCGGCCUACUAUGCCCCGAUCGCCGAGAGGAAGAAUUUGCAUGUAUGGACUGAUGCGACCGUGCUGAACGUGCUCAUCGAGAUGGUUGAUGGAGAAUGGUCUGCAACUGGGGUGAGAGUGCGACAUGGUGACAAGGAGAUGGAAGUGAAAGCUGUUCGCGAGGUGAUUUUGUGCGCAGGUAGCAUACAAUCACCACAAAUAUUGGAGCUCUCCGGCAUCGGUCCGAGAAAAGUACUCGAAGCAGCUGGAAUCGAUGUGAAAAUCGAGAACUCGAAUGUUGGAGAGAAUCUGCAAGACCACAUGAUGACGGCGACUAUUUUCGAAGUUCUACCAACUCUUUCAUCUCGCGACGACAUUCUCAGCGACGGUAUCUUGCGUGAGGCUGCCGACCGGGCUUAUUACGCUUCACAGACAGGACCAUGGACCGUCUUACCCUGUUCUGUCGCUUAUUGCCCUCUAUCUCAAGUGGCAUCUCCAACUGAACAGACCCAGUUGCACAUAGACGCCCAAAAAGUUGCCCAAGAGACGGGCCGGUUGCAAAACGAACUUCUUGUCGAGCAAUUCAAUCCAACGAAGGAGUUGCGAGGCCAGCUCGAGUACAUCUUUGAUCUGGGUAAUUGGAGCACAUAUUUCCAGUCGGAGCCGGGAAAGAAAUACGGGACUUUGUUGCAGAUGCUUCAAUAUCCAUUUUCGAGAGGCUGCAUUCACAUACCCCCACGGAAAGACCAGUCACACAAGAUUACAGUUGACGACAAGCCUAUCAUUGAUCCACGGUACUAUCUAGGACCUGGAAAUAUCGACAGACAGGUGAUGGCUCUAGGCCAACGAAUGGCCAAAAGAAUUACUAAGACAGAGCCUCUUGCAAAAAUCAUACAACGGCAGGUCUUUCCUCCUCCGCCUGAUGAGUCGACCUCUGAACCGAGCGUCUAUGAGGAUUUUGUCUCAAAUUACACCGUCACGGAUUGGCAUCCGGUUGGGACCUGUGCGAUGGGAGGAAGCGAAGGGGCAAAGGCUGGGGUCGUUGAUGACCGGCUACGGGUGUAUGGAGUGCGCGGCUUACGUGUUAUAGACGCUAGCACUAUGCCUCUGCAGGUUGGUGCACAUAUUCAAGCAACUAUUUAUGCUAUUGCAGAGAAAGGAGCUGCCAUGAUUCGGGAGGACUGGGCUGAAUCUUGA